AUGCCAGGCGACCGUUCGGCCGGAGAGGCGGCUCCGGCGCCGGAGAACGACCCCUGCUACGACGUCGUGAUUAUAGGCACCGGGCUGGCCGGCCUCGCAGCCGCGACGCGCCUGCCGCGCGGCGUGCGCGCGGUCGCCGUGUCGCAAGCGGGCGCGUGGCUUGCCGGCGAGCGUCAGCGCGCCGCGCGCCUCGAGGCCGAGCUCUGGCGGUACCCCAGCACCACGAGCCUGCACGCGGACCCCGAGGCGCUCCGCAGCUUCGCGAAGGAGCACGGAAGGCUGAACGAGCUGCUCAAGACGAGCGCGUCCAUGGGCGAACGACCGACGUCGCGCCUGAUGCUCGACUUCCAGGACGCCGUGGUGAUCCCAGCGCUCCCCGACGCCCUCCGGCAGCCGAUGAAGGCCACCGUCCUCUCCGUCGCGUCGGUUCGCCCGACGUCCGGACCCUCACACUGCACCAGCGAUUUUUCAGCGUCGCAGCCCGCCGGUACCACCCAGCGCAGCGACGGCAACGCGCGGAACGCUGCGAAGAGGGAUCUCACCAGCCCUGGACAAGCGUGCGUGUCCAUCGCGCUGUCCGGCGGGCGGCGCCUCCUCGCGCGCGCGGCCAUCGUGGCGACGCGCUUCUCGCGCCCGUUUGUCCCCGCGGUGCUCGAACGCGCCGCAGCGGACGCCGGUGGCGGUGACAACGCAACGUCGCCGCCGUCGGCGCUGCAGCACGCGUCGGCGCUCGACGUGCGCGCGCUCGAGGCCCGCGGAGUUCGCAAGGCGGUCGUGGUCGGCGGCGGCAUGGACCUGGUCGUGAGCGACGUGGGCGCGAGCCGCGGGUGGUGCGGGCAGCGCAACUUGCGGGCGUACCACGCACUGGGGUGCCCGAGGGACCGCGCUGCGCUGUGCCGGAGCGCGCUGCAGGGCGGGAGCAUCACGCCCGAUCUCGCGGCGGCCCUCAAGCAGCUCGAGAAGUCCGGCAGGCUCGAGAUCCUCCAAUCCCUAUCUAUCACCGCAGCCACGCUCUCGACUCCACCCUCCCCCGCGUCCGCCGACCCGAAGCCCCGCUGGACCCUCGUCCUCAGCAGCGCCACGCUCGGCCAGCGCUCCCUCCUCUGCGACGCCGUCGUGUGCGCCACCGGCACCACCUUCGACGUUCGCGACACGCAACACCCGUGCGCGUCCCUCCCGCCGACGCGCAUCGUCGCAGGCGCGCCGUGGCUCGACGACGCAACGCAGUGCUGGCCCGGCGCGCCCGUCUUCGUCCUCGGGGGCCUCGCCCGCCUCGCCGCGGGGCCUCUCUCACACACCCCCGGGGUCCUGCAACGUCAGACCGCGCAGGUCGCCGCCGCGCUGCGCGCGGUCCUCGCGCCCGUGCCCGCCGUCGACAAGGCGCCCCCGCCGUGGAUCGCGGCCCCGGGGGGGGUGUUGGACGCCGUGUCUGACCCUGCGGUGACGGCGGGGGACUGCGGUGUUGCUGUGGACGGCGAGGCCCCCCCGGCGGGCCCGCUGCGCGCGGUGCGCGCGCCGACGGUUGUGGAUACCGCGGUGCUGCCCGCGGGGCGGUCGCGGGCGGAGGUGCAGGCGUUCCGCUGGGAGGAUCGGGGGUGGGAUGUGCGGAUUGACAUCCCCCUGCCUGAGUCAGUGGAUGGGGCGGGCGGGGGCGGGGGCGUGUUCGUGGUGGCGACGCGUUCGUCGCUGGACGUGUGGGCUGUGUGCGCGUCGUGCGCGCACCGGCUGCACGUGCCGAGGCUGUACGCGUGCGUGCAGGCGCGGCGGACGGCGUGGGCGGUGGACAGGGGCGGGCGGCGCGUGGUGGUGACGCUGGUGAAGGAGAGCGACGCGCCGUGGUACCACCUGCGCAGCUGA